AUUUACACAUUCGGAUUGUGACUCGGAAUCAUUGAAUGCAAAUACGGUGGAAACGGAAUAUGUCUGUCCGACGUGCCGUAAUUCGCCGUUGGUUGCGGAUGCAAUGAUGAUAUCAGCCGGAAAUAGUUCCGUUGCGGCAUCACCAACCUCUAUCUCUACGCAUGAUGAAGCAUCGCGUAGCAUUCCGCUUGACAACUCGUAUUGCAUAGAUUCACCUAAUAGGAACAGUCCGUUGAUGUCAUUAUCUCAGUUGGAUACUUUCGGCGACUUUUUCAACAUUCAUCAAUCUACAGGACAAGUUCCAUCAAUGUCUCCAUCUGGAUCUACCGCAUUGAGUGGACCAAUGUCUUCUUGUAGAGCUUCUCCCGGCUCGUUUCCUGAAUUUAGUAAUACUGGCGAUGCAACUGAUGAGCUGCGAUUCAAUUCCAGAAAAGAACGAAGUGAUAAUUCUUGCACCUUCAAUCGAACAUCGCGUGGUGGUGGAGUGAAAAAGCCCUGCGGUCGUGGAGUAACGCCGAGAACACGUUCGCUUGGUGGAUUAAAUGAUUCUCCAGAAGUAACUCAUUCGCAUCGAGGAAAACGAGGUGGAAGAGGUGGUAAUAAAAAUGGCAGAGGGCGUAGACCAAGAGGCGGUAAGACCUCAGCAAUGUUGGCAAUGGUUAACGCGGCAGCAGCUAAUCGAGAUGCAGAUCAAGAAAGUUCGGAAAUAGAUGAUACGCGACACCGUAUGGAAGAGAAUGAUUACAUCAGGACAGUGGUUGUAACAUGUGCUGAGAACUCUUACUUCUUGCAGAUGCCCUUAUGUUUAAUUUGUGGUAGCAUUGGAAAAGAUGCUGAAGGAACGAUGGUCACAUGUGCGACUUGUUCUCAAAGUUAUCAUACAUAUUGUGUGGGAUUACAUGAUAAACUCAAUUUCACAAUAGUAAGAAGAGGAUGGCGUUGCUUGGAUUGCACAGUUUGUGAAGGAUGCGGUGAUGGACAUGACGAAUCCAACUUGAUUUUGUGUGAUGAAUGUGAUAUUUCAUACCAUAUUUACUGUUUGGAACCACCUCUUGAGCGAAUUCCACAUGGACCGUGGAGAUGUAGAUGGUGUUCAGCCUGUCGGCGUUGCGGGAACCAAAUAUCCAACGUUGCGGAUAAUCAGCACUUCUGUGAAACCUGCUUCACGCUUCGGAGGUGUCCUAAGUGUUUGCGAUUUUACGAAAUUGGUGAUAACAUUAUUAAAUGUCAACAUUGCGCAAGGUGGCUACAUGGCAAAUGUGAAGAAGUGUACGGUGAUGAGAUGUUUGAAACUGCAUCAGAAAAUGGGUUCCGUUGCUCGCUGUGUCGCCCACAAGGUAAUGCAGGUAGCGACGUUUUUAACGUUUUGGUCUGUGAUAAUGUGACGAUGAACAAAUGCGCACUGGAAGUAUUGCAUUCACGUUUUGGUGGAACACUCUUUCGCUAUCCCAGCUCCACUGAUGCUGUCUACGAUUUCCCAUCAUAUUUCUUCGCACCGAGAUCUCAUUCAUUUGAAGAACCAAUGGAAGAAGACGAUGUGGAAAGUUCUAGCUUUGGAAUGAAUGUAGGAAUGGGUGGUCGAGGUCGAGGAAUGCGGAGCGGUGGGCCUGGUCGGCGAGUAAUGAAAUUGGGUGUCGGCGGAUUUUUUGUAAAGCAGGUACCUCGUCAUCGCUUAUCAAAUGCCGAAGACGAAAAUGGUGUAGAAGAGGAUUCAGCAAAACCAAAAAUAAAACGCUUUCGAAAACCGAGGAGAUCGCAGCUGGAAGAUAAUUAUCCGCCAGUUAUUCAAGAAAGUUUUUUUGGUAUGAGGCCAGUUGAGGGAAGAUGUUUGUUAGAUGUUGUGGUAGAUGAACCGACUUUGGUAGAGCAUCAAAAAGCGGCUUUGAUCAUCGAUAAGCAAAAAGAAGCCUGUGAAUUGAACGAAAUGGAUUCUGAGGCCUUACGUGAAAGUGAGAGCCUUUUGGGCAAUAUAACGGAGAAUGACAUUCUUGGUAAUAUGGAAGAAAUUGAUUUUGAUAAUUUGGAUUUAAAUGAGCUACUGCUUGAUGGUGAUGAGGAUGAUGAUGAUGAUGAAACAUUGGAAAAUGCAAUGAGUGAUAGAAUGGGACCUUGCAGCGAAGAUGGUCAAAUAACUGUUAGCCCUCAUGGUGGUCCUGUGCGAUCUCAGACUUUAUGCUCAGGACAGCAGGCUCGAAGGUUUACAAUCGCUUCAACAAGUAAUAUAUCUCAAGGAAAUAUUCGUCAAAAUGUACACGCGCAUAGUUACAAUCAAAGUGGUAUCUGUACUCAACCCAGAUCUAGUAGUCAGCUGGGUGAUACUUGUACUGAAAGAGUGAAUCAAGCGACAGAAAAGUGGGAAGAAGACGAACCAUUAGGAGAUCGCGCUACCAAAGCUGCUGUUCUUUAUGCGAAUAUUAAUUAUCCGCAGUGGAAAGAGCAAUAUCCUGAAUGGCCAGAACGUGUGAAACAUAUUCAUCGAAUGUGGAGGUCUUUGGAUGCCAGCAGUAGACAACAGUAUGUAAAUAAAGCAAGAGAAAAUCGAGCAAAUAGGGUGAAGCAGCCACGGACAAAGCGUAUUCCAUCGUCGACGUCAACUCCUACAGGCGUUGUUAGAGCUAUCGUUGGUCCAAAUCGAUAUGGAAUGCUUUCAGGACAAGAGAAUAUGGUAGGAUAUUGCCGGUCUGAGGCGGAAUAUAAUGAACGUUUCAAAGUUCCAACAAUGCCGUAUGGUGGUGGCGAAUGUGUUAUAAGUCAAAAUACACCUGUAGGUUCCGUAGACGUCUCCACGGUUCAACCUUAUGGAGCACAGCAACAUUAUUAUCAUUCAGAACAGGAAGGUGGUUCAUUCGCCAAUGCAUCUCAGCCUAAAUCUGCGCCUGUUAGAAAUCCGCAAUCUUUGAUUGCGCAUUUAAGCAAGGAAGUGCUAGAUAAUUACAGUUUGUUGCAGAAACGAAGCAAUGAGUUAGCGAAAUAUCAGUUGGCAAUUGAAAAUGACUUGGCUCGAAUGCGCAAACAGAAAAAAAAUCUCACUGCAAAAAGAAGACAAUUGAAUAAAAACAAUCAGCAGUAUGAUGCUCAUGGACAACGCAUCGAAAUUGAACUAAGCGAAACUGACAGACAUUCACUUACGACACUUGCCAAUGCUAUUCCGAUCCGGCAAAAGGAUUUAGAAAAUUGUAAGCGCGACAUUAAACUCCAUUCUUCGAAUGUUCGUGAUUUUGAAGUUAAAAACAACAUACCACCAGAACUAAUUCCACAAAUGACACCUGUUGUACAACCCGUUGGCUUACAUGUAAAUGCCGCGCGUACAAAACAGUUGCAAAGUGGUACACCUCCUACACCUAAUGAUAUGAUGUCUCCAAACAACGGUAUUCGACCUCCACCAUCAUAUCCAACAUUUGGUAUGGUAGGUAACUAUCGACCUCCUCAUCAAGCCGGCCCUAAUCAGAUGCCUGAAUAUAAUCAUUCUGGUUAUGGAACAACUCAAAAAAAUGAGACUGAAACUACUCAGUUGUGUUCAGAUUCUCCAACACCAUCUAGUGGAAGACCGGGAUCAUCAAGCUCAACAGAAUGGCAAUAUCGAGGCGGAAAGGGAAAACGGAAAAAACGUGAAGAUGAUCGCAAUGAAGAAUGCAAAAGACCAGCAAUGCUUGAUGAUGUUGCUGCUGAAACUCUUACCACACAGUUUGGACGAGAUAUUUAUGAUGUUGUAGAUCGUUUGAUAACGCAAGCUGUUAUUAUGGUCGAUGGUGCUGAAGCUGCUCGAAAAAGCGGAAUGCUGAAAAGACUUUUAGAAUCACAGAUGAAAAAAGAAUAUCCAUCGCAAAGAAAUUCUUUUACCGCACUAGAAUUUAACAUCCCUCCAAAGCCAAAAAAGAAGCGUACUCAGCAGAAGAAAAUUGGUGUUGGAAAUAGUAAUGAGUAUGAAUUAUUGCUAGAACGGAUUUCCACUCAACUUCGACUUUGCCCGCAACUUCCUCGAAGUGCUAUUGAACCCAUAUCUCGCAUUGGUCGUUCAUCCUAUGCCAUGUUUGGUGUUACAGAUUUACCAGAUCGGAUAGAUAAGCCAUCAAUCAAAGGAAGCGAAAUUGGUGAUGUACGCCUUGUUUUUAUGGGCGAUUAUUAUACACGUCUCUUUCAGUGCCCUUUUGAUGAAACUUCACUUUGUCAGACAAUGUCUGAUUUCGCCGCUGAUAUAAAACUACCAGUUUUGUACAGAACAAGAUGCGUUGCUCCAAGAGGAAUACAAGAAAGGGAAAAAUCUGUAAGUAAAAUGCGAGCACUUUCGGUAGUUCGUCGUUCUGGCUCUCCUCCUUUACGGCAGAUUUCGAGAAUACCUGAAUCUGUAAUGCCAGAGGCACCACCAAGACAUGCAUUCUUCAAGAAACGUGAGUUGCCCAAAAAAGUAGAGGUCAGUAUUGUAUUCGAAGGCUCAGAAGGUAGUCUUGAUGCUGAAGUUGGUUUGAGACAGUUAAUGGUUCUCCUUGGUAUGGAACAGUUACCAGAUUAUGAGUUUGACACACCGCCUCAAACUCCUGAACCUUCAAAACGUGAUCUUGGUGAAAUCCAGAAGACGGAAUCACCAGUGACCGAUGACUUUACAUGUCGUCAUUGUGGUGCGUUGACUGAUCAACCUGCUGUAAGGCAAACAGCUGGUCAGCUUGGAAUUAUUGAUCAUGAGCCAAAAGAUGAAACGUUAGCAUUCUGCUCAAUGAAUUGUUACUAUAAUUAUAUGGCUAAUGCGAAAGCUGCGUUGUCACCAGAAGAUCUUUCGAGAGCAGAACGUUUUAUUGGUGCUGAAACAUUAGCUAAACUUCGGCAGGCAAGCGCUGAUAAUUUUGCUAAAUAUCUUCAUCUCGGAAAAGGGCAGUUAGAAUCGCCUGGAAAUUCAAAUAUGUGUUCACCAAUGAGUGACGGUCGUGUUGAGUCGGAUGCGAGGAAUAAUAUUCAGAUAAUUCAAGCUCGAGAGCUGUCAUUAAUGGGUGAUCAGAACGUUCAGAAGGCUAUGGAGAAGAAAUGGAAAGGACAGCUAUGGAUGCAGUAUGAUGCAACUAUUAUAGAAAGUUUCCGUGAAUUAUCAUUUCAAGCUCGUCAGAAACAGUUAAUUGCCGAUCUUCAAGCCGUUUUACGUUCGCACUGCAUAGACCUUAUAGAAGAUAAAAGACAAUGCGCAUUUUGUGGGCAAUUUGGAGACGGAGAAUUAGAUAAUUGUGGAAGACUUUUGAAUGCAGAUGCUAACAUUUGGGUUCAUGUUAAUUGUGCGUUAUGGUCUGAAGAGGUUUAUGAGACUUCUGCUGGAGCGCUUAUAAAUGUAGAAGAUGCACUUAGACGGGCGGCAAACAUAACUUUCAUUUGCGAAGAACAUGAUGAUUAUCGGAAUGACUUGGUACUCGACCAUUUGCAAGCUUUGCGUCGUAUUUAUAUUGAUCGUGAAGAGAAUCAACUGAUAGCAAAAUUGUUUCAUAGUGAAGCGGACCGACUAGUUUUGCGAGUAGGCAGCCUUAUAUUUAACCAUAUUGGGCAGCUGCUUCCAGAACAAUUGAAAGCGUUCCAUAAUUCAGAUCAUAUAUUUCCGAUUGGAUACAGUGUAAAGCGAAUUUUUUGGUCAUCGAUUAAUACAACUAAUCGUACUCAAUAUCAGUGUACAAUUUGCGAUAAAUCAUCAGCACCAGAAUUUGUAAUUUCGUAUGAGGAUGGCCAGGAAAUUCGGGAGACUUCGGCAUCAGCUGCUUGGAAUCAUAUAUUAAUGGAAGUAGAAAGAAUACGAGAUAAAGAUGAUGGAUUAUUACGUUUAUUCCCAGCGAAUCUUACUGGCGAUAGUUUAUUCGGUCUUACAGAAGCAGCUGUUUCAAAAAUGACGGAGUCGUUGCCGGGAGUGGAUCAAUUGAUAACCUAUACUUUCAAACAUGGUGGAGUUCCUCUGAUGGAUUUGCCUCUAGCAGUUAAUCCAAGUGGUUGUGCUAGAUGUGAACCCCGAUUCCGAACACUUAUUAAACAUCGUCGCCGUAAUCAACCACCAGCGGCUACUGUUCGGGCGUCCGUUAGUACUGACGUGUUUUCACGUGACACAAGAACACGUGGUAACAGCAGUUCAUUGUCCAACGCAGUGGAAAUGUCUGCGGGACGUGGGUCAUGCAGUACAACAUUAGAUUGUUACGCUGGACGAUGGGAACCUGGACAAUUGAGUACAGCUUAUUAUUCACAAUAUCAGAAAAUGAAAAAGGAGUGGAAAAAUACUGUGUACCUAGCUCGUUCACGUAUUCAAGGAUUAGGAUUGUAUGCUUCACGAGAUAUCGAAAUGAAUUCCAUGAUUAUCGAAUAUAAAGGCGAAGUUAUACGUAGUGAAGUCGGCGAAAUGCGUGAAAAGAAGUAUGAAGCACAAAAUCGUGGUGUGUAUAUGUUUCGUAUUGAUGACGAAAGACUUAUUGACGCAACAAUGGCUGGUGGUCCAGCACGAUAUAUCAAUCAUUCGUGUGAUCCAAACUGCAGUACACGUUUGGUGGAUUCAGGCCCAUGUGGUGAUGACAAAAAAAUUAUCAUUAUUGCUAAUAGACCCAUAAGUGCUGGGGAAGAGUUAACUUAUGAUUAUCAGUUUGACAUCGAAGAUGCGGCUGAUAAGAUUCCUUGUUUAUGCGGUGCACCGAACUGCCAAAAAUGGAUGAAUUGA